CAUCCCUUCGCAGGAACCUUCGGCAGCCCCGGGAGGCGCGGGCGGCAGACGUACACGCGCUACCAGACACUCGAGCUGGAGAAGGAGUUCCACUUCAACCGGUACCUCACGCGGCGGCGGCGGAUCGAGAUCGCGCACGCGCUCUGCCUCACGGAGCGGCAGAUCAAGAUCUGGUUCCAGAACCGGCGGAUGAAGUGGAAGAAGGAGAACAAGCUGAUCAACUCAUCUUCGUCCUCGUCCUCCUCUUCCUCCACGGUGAACGGCGCGGAGGAAGAAGAGAAACGGACGGAGUGACAGAGGGGAAAAAAGACUGAUGGAAGGCACAUGAAAGUCGAAGAUGGAAGGAAAAGACAUGAUCCCUUCCCCUUCCCCGACUCGAAGUUCGUCCAGACACGUGUCUGAUGUGAAAACUCUGGGAGAAAUAAACGUAGCCUGCAUAUUAUAUUAUUUUAUUUUUUACCUCAGCAGGGGUGAAGCACGUGCAAGAAAAGGAAGUUGGGGAAAGAGGAUUACUUUUUCUGGGAUCGGUGUGGUCUGAAAAUUGGCACGUAAUUUGUAAAAGACUUGUAGAAAGGACAGAUAAGUAAGAAAUUAGGAAAUACUAGAACUUAAAAGGGAGAGAGGUGGGGCAUCCACAGUGUAUUUGAAAUACAGUAAAUAAGUAACCCGCCACCCAACUGUGACAAACUGUGUAAAGACACCGUUUCUUGUUGCAUUCCAAGAAAAGCCGCCCGACUUCUUAUUGUACUUAGUUGUAAUUAUCUUCAAAAAUAUACUUCCUGUCUGUCAGGCACUUGUUUUUGGAAGCUUUAGGACCGCACCGAUUAUUAUUAUUGUUAUAAUUGUUUUUAUUUUAUUUUGUAAAAGUGUUGUAUUAUACCUCCAAUUAAACGCGCAGACACGUUCAUACACGCGCCGAUGUGGCAGAGGACGAGCUAUUUGAGAAGUGUAUAUGUCAUAUGGUGUUCAUAUUUAAACUGUAUAUAGAAACAAGCGAGAAGGGAAAGGAGAACCACCUUGCACGGUGAAAAUAAUGUCAUUUUGGGGUUAGGGGUCAGGGGUAAUUUAACCUUUCCAGGGGUUUUCCAGUAUAGAGGGGGGGGAUGUUGACCUACUGAUGUUAUUCUCCAGACUACCUAAAAAAAACUUCAGGAAAGUGUAUAUUUUAUGGAUUUUUACAUUGUUUAUGUUAGUGUUUUUGUCAAGUAACUACGUAUACUACCUAUGAGAAAUGUUCAAUAAAAUGUAAAGUAUGUAUUGGGAGAGAUGCUUCUUAUUGAUCGAUUAAAACGUGAACGAAUAGCUCCGCGUUGAAAGCGAUCAUUGACAAGCGGAGACUGUUCUAUUUGAUGAUUUAGUGCGCUGCUUACUCGCGCGCUCGAAGAAUCAUAAACCUUUGUACCCUCUAUACUUAAAUCGUGCGCGCGCGAGGCGGGACUCAGGGGGAGGGGGGCGCACGCGGUUGUCCGAAUGGGGAAGUGACAAGGAGCGCGAGCUACACUGCUGAUGGCGGAGCCGAGCUAAUUGAUGACCAGACCCAGGGAGAGAAAGUUGACCUGUUCUCGAGGCGACCGGCCAGACACGUCUCACACACACACACACACACACACAC